CCGGGGGGCCAUGGGCCCCGGCGGGCGCUGGGUGCGGGCGGCACACACGGCCCUCAGCGCGGCCCUGGUGCUCGGGCUCCUCCUGCACCGCACGGAUCUGCAAAAGCAAGAGGAGCGCGGGGAGCUUCUUCAGCCGCUGAUCUUCGUUUUGCUGGUGUUAUGCUCGGUCCUGCUGUACUUCAAGGUGUCUCUUAUGGAUCCGGGUUUUGUUAAGCCUGAAGAAGAAGUGAAGGAAGGUGAAGAUAAAGGAGAAGGUGUGGUGAUCCCUCAGAUUCCUGGUGACAUUAAGCUGCGGCGCUGUGGUUACUGUCUGGUGAAGCAACCCAUGAGAGCCAAGCACUGCCAGCUGUGCCAGCACUGUGUGCGACGCUAUGACCACCACUGCCCCUGGCUUGAGAACUGUGUAGGAGAAAGGAAUCACCCACUCUUCAUAGUCUACCUGAGCGUGCAGCUUGUGGUUCUGCUGUGGGGAGGCCAUGUUGCUUGGUCAGGCCUCUACUUUGAACAAUCUCAGAAGUGGCUGCAGCACAACAUUUUCCUCCUUGUGUCCUUCCUUCUGAUAUUCAUAUUCACCAUUGUGGUGCUGCUGCUGCUUGUUUCCCACCUGUACCUGAUCUCAUGCAACACCACGACCUGGGAGUUCAUGUCGCACCACCGCAUCUCCUACCUGCAGCACUCCGAGCUGGAGAACCCCUUUGACCAAGGGAUAAUCCUCAAUCUCUGGAGAUUCUUCUGCUCACGCCACCUCACUGCAUGGGAGAAUAUCUAUUUUCACAGGAACAGUGAGCCUGUCUAGUCCCAGUGUGCCAACACACCUGGCAGGCUGCUGGGUAAAGCUUUGCUAAAGCAAUGGCUGCUGUUUCCUUGCACUGAACUUUACUACAUCAUGGACUAUAGAACCUGCUCCACAACCUGUUCAUCUGCAGAUUAUGUUUCAGGGAUAGUCAGGGUUAUUUUUUAUAUAUAAAUAACACUGUUAAAGGCAAGAAUCCAGUUCUGGGAAGGACAAAGCCAGCAGAGCUGAUUUCCAGACUGACCGAAGUACCUCUCUAAAUUUAUUUCCUUUUGUUAAGUGCAUCCACUUCUCUCCAGAAGAAAUGCAAGAUUAGGGUGACUAUUCAUGUUCUCUUCUCCAAGGUCUCCCUUGCCUUUUGCUGCUAGGGAACGGCAGCAAUUACAGAUAAAACCAGCCAGGGUUGGUUUAAUUCCUGUGGCCUUUUUUCAGCCAAGUUCUGGCUGUGAGAACUGCAGUGCCUUUUGGCAGUAGCAUCAGGCAUGUAACAGAAAUAUUUAAGUAAAUAUUUAGAGAGUAAAAAGCAAAUUUUAUUUUAUCCACAUGCCUCAAUACUUUCAACAAAGACUUAAGGCUUAAUAAUGUUAAUGGGAAUGAGAAAGAGCUGUAAGACACCCAAUUAAUGUUAUGAGAUAAUUAACCUGUAUUUUGUGAGGCUCUGAGCAGCUUCCUCACAGCUUUUUAAGUUGAUGAUGCUGCUAACAAUUCACUGUUUUGAAUCAAAUCAGUGAAGAAUGAUACCAUUGUUUUUCUUUGGACAGAAAAGUAAUCCUUGGCUUCUGAGUUAUUUCUGCAGAUAACAUCAUGCUCAGGCCUUUGUUGUAGCUUGGAGAGAAGCAGGAGCAGAGGUGGGUCCCUCUUGCCUAACUGAAGUAACACUUCGUAAAACUACUACUACCUCAACUCACUACUGACAUUUUAAUAAUACAAUUUCAAUGUAAAAGCAAAGCUGUCAGGUCCUGGUUGAUUAACUGAGAUGAGAGAUGCUGACACUUUUCAGGACAGCAGCAAGAGGACCUGUUUUCCAUUGAAAUAAAAGGUCUUACUUCAGAUUUCCAUGGGGAACUAAAAGGAAGUUUGGGAUGACCGAUCUUUGCUUUAAAACAAAAAAGGCUGUGGUGUGAUUUUUAGUCCUGACCCUUUUCUGUUAAAACAAAAACAAACAAAACAAGAAAAACAACCACAACAAAAUGUUAGUUAAAAAUAUCUUGUGCCUUAAUUGUCUUGGCUCAGGAAUUAACAGCAACUCAGAACCACAGACGGUGUAGUUACUAACACGGCACAACAGUCCUAAAGCAAUUUAAAUGCAGCAAAAGAUGCUUUUUUUGACCAGCUCCAGAGUUUGUAGUGUGUGCACAGUCUGGUUUGUUCAAAGUAGCUUUAUCAGAAUGCUGAGGAUUGUUUUUGAAAAGCUGCUACACCAUUCAGAAGGAUUCUGCAGUUUGCUUGUGUUGCUGUGAUACCUGCUAAAGUGUGGAUCAUGUGUCACAUUGCAAUUCCUGGUUCUUCAGGUUAUCAGUCAAGUGAAAGUUUAUCAGCAGGUACAACAGCUCAAAGCAGUUUUGCUGUGUUUGGUAUUUCUUUAAAAUACACCUAGGUGAUAAAUUACCAU